AUGGGCUCCUCGGAUGGGAUGAAACACCUCAGCCAGCUGCUCCUGAUGAAGCAGGAUAACAAGGAUCCCCAGCAGGGGGAGGCGGCCCGCAUUUCACCCAUGUACAUGUACAUGUCCAGGGAUGUGUACCCGCCCAUGGAGGAGCCGAGCGCACGUUGGUGUGGUGUGGGCAUCCAGACAUGCAAGUCACACGAUGGCAGGGUGAUCGUAGUGCAUGUGCAUGAAGGGAGCCCGGCUGAGGUGGAGGGAGUGAGAGAAGGAGACGAGAUUUUGUACAUCGAGAACAAGGGCGCGCAAGGGAUGACGCAGAAGCAGGUGGUCGAGGCCUUGUCGGGCCCCCCGGGCACGAGCGUGUUUGUGGCGAUCAGGCAGAACCAGGUGAAACUGUUCCGCACCCUGGAGCGAAGGGACUCGAUCUGGUCGUCGGAGGCGGCGCUGAAUGACAUAGUCUCGGCGAUCGAGAGGUUCAAAGAGCUGGAUGCUCAGGAGCAGCGGCGGAUCGAAGUUCAGAGGCACUUGCAUGACUUGAACACGUCCCUUCCCUCCUAUGUCAAGAUAGUUGAGAGACCAACAUGGGCGCAUGAAGCUUCGAUGUACUUGGGACCCAGUCAAGGCAAGUCUCAGCCUCCUCGUGUUGACUUGGCAGUCGGUCCAGCCCCCAGUGCAACAAACACGGCAGGCGAGGCAGUGCUGGAGAAGCAGGGCCCCGAACUUUGCGGUGUUGGGCUGCAGCUGAAGAAGUGGAAAGACGGGAAGAUAGUUGUAGAGCAAGUAAGGGAGAGCGGACCUGCUGAGAGAGUUGGGAUUCGUCCUGGGGAUUUCUUGGAUCAAGAGUGUCCCUCGGUGAUACCAUUCCUGCUGUUUUCUUCUUCGUCGAUGUGA